GGUGGGGUCUCCAUGCACACCCCCGGAAGAGAAGGAGGCCUGCAAAGGAGGAGGGGAAAGGGUUGCUCCCUGCAUUGAAGUGCAUUGCGGCAACAGCUGAGAGAGUCCCAGAAGUGGCCCAGUUUACGCCUCCUCCUCCGUCCUUUCCACUGGCAGCGCAAUGGCCUCUGAGAUCCCCUUUGAACCACCUCUUCUCAGAGGUGGAGUGGAAAGAGGAGCCAGGCAGCUUCCUCAGGCCCUCUUGACCUUUGAGGAGGUGGCUGUGUUUUUCACGGAGGAGGAGUGGGCUCUGCUGGAUCCAGGCCAAAGAGCUCUGCACAAGGAAGUCAUGGAGGAGAAUUAUGAGAUGGUGGCCUCUUUAGGUGAUGGAGAAGACAAUCAGAAUUAUGAGGGGCCAUCUGUGAAGUACUUCAUUGUGAGUGAACACCUUAGCACACGUCUACAAACUAACACAGGGGAUAAAACUUUUAAAUGUAUGGAGUGUGGAAAGAGCUUCAAGCAGAGUGGAAACCUUACCAAACAUCUACAAAUUCACACAGGGGAGAACCCAUUUAGGUGUAUGGAGUGUGGGAAGGGCUUCAGUCACAGGGGAAGCCUUAAAUACCAUCAACGAACUCAUACAGGGGAGAAACCUUUUAAAUGUAUGGAGUGUGGGAAGGGUUUCAGUGAAGGUGGAAAACUUACAAGACAUCACCAAACUCACACAGAGGAGAAACCCUUUAGAUGUAUGGAGUGUGGGAAGAGCUUCAGGCAGAGUGGAAACCUAACCCAACAUCAACAAACACACACAGGGGAGAAACCAUAUGAAUGUAUGGAUUGUGGAAAGUGCUUCAGUAGCAGUGUAACUCUUAGAAAACAUCAACAAUCUCACAGGGAAGCAACGGUUUAAAUGUUAGGAGUGUGGAAAGUGUUUCAGUUAUAAUGGAGUUCUUAAUUAACAGCUACGGACUCUCACAGGGAAGAACCCAUUCAGUUUUAUAGAGUGUGCCAGGUUUUCCCCACAGAGUUCACUUUGUCUCUCAUAUCAACAAACUCUUAUGUGGAAAAUCCAUUGUAAAUGCAUGGAGUGUGUUUUAUGUUCUGGUGUUUGUAUGGAAUGUUGUACAUAUACGUAUUAAAGCAAAGAGGGUAA